AUGUUUCGGUCGAAAAAGACGACGGAAAAGGAUAACUUCAACUCGGGAUAUGAUGAGGAAAAAACGAAACAUCGCAGCAAAGAGACUUACGGUAAUGGAUCAUCGAGAUGUGAUAAGCGAAUUUCUCGAAUACGGAGCAUUGAUGAUUCACUGUUGAAGCCCACCGCUGCUUAUCAUACAGUUACCCAACCGAGGCAAUACAAAACCUCGCGAUCAUGCGUCGGUCGAGACGAAUACGACAAAUACGACAGAUUUCGUCAUUCAAUCGAUUUUCACAAUAGGAGUAGUGUAAGAUGUGCAAAACGGUUGCAUGCUGAAAACGAUCGACUCCAUGAUCGAGUUUCGGUGUUUACCAAGAACAACUAUGACUCGGAAAUUUUGGAAUCUGAUGAUUCAUACGACUCACAGAAUGGUAGUGGUAUUAACAAUGAUGAUACGGUUCAGGCUCUAGAGACGAAGUUAGAUGCUCUUCUUUACCGUCUUCGUCGAGAAGAAGAGCGUAAAAAUUCAUAUAAACAAAAGUUAAUGUCAGAACGCAUAGUACGACAACAUGUUGAAAGCAAAUUUGUUGAAGACAUCCAGCGAUUAACUCAGUUGGUAGAAAUGCUCAAGAAUGAGCAAAAAUCAUAUCGAAACAGAAUCAGUGUUUUAGAAAAACAACUAAAACAAUCUCGUCCAAAACUUAUGACUGACAGCUUCAAAGGGCCAUCGCUUUUUUGUUCACCACCAUCGACUUCAAAUGGUCAAUCAUCGGUACUUGCAAUGACCGAAUUAGCUUGUUCUGCAACUUCCGGUUCUACGGUCCCAUUGCCAUCCACAUUACACUGUAGCACGAUAAAUGAAGGAAGUGUUGACGAAGUGAGGAACUUUCGCAUUAAUGAGGUCACUUCGUCUGUGGAAGCUGAACGACGCACAAUAUCCGGUAGCUCCUUCUCAACUCGUGAAAACGAGGGCUCGACAACUUUAGAAGAAGCUCUGCGUGCAAUUGAUCGUGCAACUGCUGCAGCAGCAACAUCACCACAUGAAUUUGGUGAUAAAGCAGUAACAUCAGGGAUUCGACGAUCGAGUAGUGAUACAAAACUUGGACAGCCUAGAAUUUUAAUUUAUUGUAAAAAUGAAAUUGAAAGAGAAGGCGAUUCCCAUCAUCACGGGAUUUCUGUCUGUCGUGUCGGAUGGCAAACUUGUUUGCAGGGAUCAAAAGUGUUGGAUCAUGAAGUGUGGGCAUAUCUAGUCGUGCUUGAGGUGGAUGCAAUGAUUAAAAAUUGGUUAAAAUGGAGGAAGACGAAGAAAGUGGUAACGGGAGAUGAAACUUAUGGAAUCUCCGGAAAAGAUACUCAACGUAAUUAUCAACGCAACGCUACAGCAGCCUACCAUACAGCCACUCGACCGCGCGUAUGUCAUGGUCCACGCUCAUGUCCUGGUGAUCUAAGUCUUAAUCAAUAUGAUGUUUACAGUGAUGCUCCGACUCGUUUUCUAUAUUCAGAUAUUAUUCCCGAUGAAAUGGUUCAUCGACGCCGUCGACAGCAGCGGCGUUUCCGGCGCUUUAAUGCUUCCACGUCAGAGUACGGCAGUGGUGAUCCAUCACCAACAACUUUGCAUAACAUAUACAAUCGUAAUUUGGAUGAUUCAAAUUCCGGUUCAGAUUCUUGGUCGGCGGAAUAUGAACGGGCACAACACAUUAGGGAGAUGGAGUAUAGACUUCGAGAACAGAGAAAGAAGUUAAAAGACUACAAAGAAAGGUUACGAGCUGAAAGAGAUUUGAGGACUGUUAACGAGAGAAGUAUGAUGGAAGAAGUGGAAAAAUAUAAAUAUGAAUUGAAGAAGGAACAGAGAGAGAGAAAAGCAACCGAACAACGAUAUAUCGAUAUCAUCGCUUAUAUGAAAACCAAACUUUCGCUUCUGGAACAACAACAACCAGUGGGACAGCGAUGUCUACCGCCACCGCUACCAUUUCUUGAUGAUUCAACCAUCAAUCUGCAAAAUGGUGCGACACAGCUCGGUGGUACCGGUGGAUUGCUGUAUCCUUUGCAAGCAAAUGCUUCAUCAUCAAUUUUACGGAGAAUCAGUUUCGAGCAAGAGUUAGAUGAAACAAAAAAUUUCCGAGCUGAAGAGGUAUAUGGUGACUUGGAAACUGCUCGAAGCAGUGAAAAUACCGCAACGACAGGUACGGAGCAAUCCGACCGAAAUCACCGAUCGGCAACGCUGUUAAGAGAACACGAUUCCGACAACGACGAUAAUGGCUACGUGACCACAUUUGAGUACCCUGUGAAAAUUACACAAAUUCGCAAGACCAAUGGUCAACUGCGCACAUCGUUAUGA